AUGGUCAACACGCGCACACACAACCUUCUCCCGUUCCCCCAUCUCUCCUUGUCGAUAUCCAGCGACAGCAUGGCCUCUGCCAUACCGCUGGACCACGGCCGUCCCUCCCAGGACCAAGGCGUUCAAAAACCUGCCGUGAAUCACAGGCUGCAGCGAAAAUCGACACUGGCACCUAUCCACCUUCUUCCACCAGAACUGCUCGCGAUUAUCAUGCGCGUUGUUCUCCAUCACUACAGGACAGCGUGGCCCAAUGAGAGGCGCACCAAUCUGUUCCAGCUUCGCUCCGUUUGCCGCCAUUGGAAGGAAACAGGCGACUCCAACUCGGACUUUUGGCGAUCCCUCAAGAUCAACAUCAAUUUUUGGGACAGGUGCGAAACCUCGGCGGAUGGAGUGGCAGACUUUGGGGAGAAGGUGACCUGGUGGUUCUCACACGCGGGGAGUGAGCAAGGGUUGGAGCUGAUCAUAACGAGGAAGCACUACCGCAACGUCUUGAAGCUCGCCGAUGUUGUUGCAUUCCUUUCGCAGUCCGACUUUAAUUGGAAAACGCUCGCCUUCCCUGGUGCUAUUUUGUUCGGUAUCUCGGAGAACAUCGACACAGUAUUGAACGACAAGGACGUCUGGAAUACCGUGAAGAACCUAUCGCUGAACCUGCCCCUUGUCAACGAACAGCAACUCCGCCGGAUGACCACCACGUUCCCAUCGCUUGAAACCCUCUCCAUGAAGAGUCAGGUGCUUCGAUUUGACAGCGACACGAUUCCCUUCAAUCAUCCCACGCUUACUUCGCUGGAGUUGACUGCAAUUUCCGGUUCCUUCGAAGGAUUCGCCACGUAUAUCUCAGAACUUCAGGCUCUCGAGGAGCUCAUUUUGUCCUCCUGCAGCAAACUUUCCACGUUUGGCGAUAACCAAAUCACGCCGAUCACCCAUCGUUCCCUCAAACGAUUGGUUCUCGAUCGACUAAAGUCGGCAGAAACCCUCCUCGACGCCCUGACACUUCCUUCUCUCCAACUCCUCCAUCUGGCCUCCUUUACCUCCGAACCCGAAGACCCCGCCCACCUCGAAGCCUUCCUUAUGAGAUCGAGCCCGCAAGGGUUGACGCUCUCGUUGGAAAGGGUCAACUGGCCGCUCUCCGACUUCGUCCUUCCCACCUACCCAAUCGACCGACUCCACAUGCAAGAGGUUUACCCGCGCGCUCUUUCCGAGCCUUUCACACUCCCGGCAAGCCUGCGCACCAUUGUGUGCGCGUUGUUGUCAGAUGAACCCUUUGUCGAGUGGGCGAGGAAACUUGCGUCCAGGGCGUUGGUUGGUCCUGAAAGGGUUGCCAUGUACAUCCCGAAUCCGUGGGGUCCCGAGGAAGGGCUGGUGGAGGGGCGAAGAAUUUUGGCGGAGGUACGGUUGGAUGUGCAGUAUGUGGGACUUGUAGAACUGGACAUGAUGUUGUGUUUCCAGUCAUUGGGAAGUUAUAGGACUACUGGCUUAGGCUAUGUAUAG